CUGACCAAUCAGAAGCUGCGGGACAGCGGCGGCGGCUGAAUGUGUCCUGGGACGCUAUUGGCUGAUAGCGGGUUCCCAUCCCUGCCCGGAUCAAUUCCUGUGCUGCUGUGAGGAGGAGGGAGAUGGAGCCUCCUAGACUUUUGUACCUCUUACUACUUUGUGCUGGAGAGAUCCUCACCAAACCCACGUUCCGCAAGGAGAGGAUCCGCCUGGACCCUGAACUCAACGCACAGAUCCAUGAAGAGAACCAGAGCUUCCAGUUGGAUCACGAGGCCUUCCUGGGGAAAGAUGAGGCAAAGUCUUUCGACCAACUCACUCCGGAGGAAAGCAAAGAAAGACUGGGCAAAAUAGUGAACAGGAUAGACAGCGACAGCAAUGGACUAAUUAGCACCGAGGAGCUGACGGCGUGGAUUAAGCGGGUCCAGAAAAGAUACGUCUAUGAAAAUGUGGCCCGAGUUUGGAAGGACUAUGACGUCAAUAAGGACAACCAUAUAUCAUGGGAAGAGUACAAGCAAGCCACGUAUGGAUAUUACCUGGCUAACCCCGAAGAGUUCCAAGACGCCGCCGAGCAGUUUAGCUUCAAGAAAAUGCUUCCCCGUGAUGAAAGGAGGUUUAAACAAGCCGACCUCAAUGGGGAUCUCGAAGCGAAUCGAGAAGAAUUCACUGCUUUCCUUCAUCCCGAAGAGUUUGAGCACAUGAAGGACACCGUUAUAUUGGAGACCCUUGAAGACAUCGACAAGAACGGAGAUGGGUUUGUCGAUGAAGAUGAAUAUAUCGCGGACAUGUUUUCACAUGAAGAAGGUACUCCAGAACCUGACUGGGUAGCCACCGAAAGGGAACAGUUUUCCGAUUUCCGUGACCUUAACAAGGACGGAAAAAUGGACAAAGAUGAAAUCCGACACUGGAUUCUCCCUCAAGAUUAUGACCAUGCUCAGGCUGAAGCCAGGCAUCUGAUGUACGAGUCUGAUGGGGACAAGGAUAAAAUGUUGACCAAAGAUGAGAUCUUGCAGAAUUGGAAUAUGUUUGUGGGUAGCCAGGCCACAAACUAUGGAGAAGAUCUCACCAGGAACCACGAUGAGUUGUAAUGAGAUGAAAAGAACUGUGAUUUUUUUAUAUUUUUUUUUCUCAUUCACUUUACUUACCAUACCAUAGUAUUUGCACCAUCACAAACUUAUAUCCAUUACCUCAGACUGGGUAGAAUUACCCAGUGUUUUAGUGUUGGCAAGAAAGCUAUGAACUAAUUAUUUUUUUAUUUUUAUGUGAUUUACAAAAAAGCUAUAGUUUUGGUUUUUGUUAGUUUUUUCCCAGUAUAAUGUAUUAAAACUGUAGUGGCAGUAAAUGGUUUAAACUUAUUUUGUGAAUACCAAGGUUAUUUUUUUUAAUGCCUUCAGCCUUGUACAGAAAUUUCUUUAUAAACGUAUGGUCUGUCAGAUUUACAGAUAUAGGAUUUUAGUUUUUUUUCUGUCACCGAAAUAUUGGAGCUGGAGAUCUGUGUGUAACAAUAUCACAUUAACACCAGUAUUUUAUUAAAAGUUGUUU